UCCCAGCUACUAGCUGCAUAGUACUGGCUGGGCCAAGGCUGACGUCACCCUCCCUCCAGCAGCAGCAGCAGGACCACAAGUGAUUGAAUGCACAAAACAGACGGGCAACCUCUCAUCUUAUUGCCAUCCAGCACACAGCAGCUGGGAGCCAGCUAUGAAGGCAGGCUGACCACUCUAGUGAUGGAGCUGGAUUCUCAGGAGCAGGCAUCAUAUGAUCUAUGGUGGUGUGACAAAUAGGAGGAAGUGGAGCCACUGGACCAUCCCUUUUCCAGAACCUUAUUGCCUGGGAAGAGACUGUCAUCACAGCUAGGGGAUCACAGCUAGGGGAUCACAGCCAGGAGAUCAUAGCUAGGGGAUCAGCUGCAGUGAGCCACAUGUAGAGGGUCUCCAGCCUCCUCCUCCUUGAUGUUUCCCUGCUCUGUAAGGCUGAAUGGUUCUGCUGCUGGAUUGGGCUGCUCUCAGGUACUGCAUGCUGCCGCAUUCUUCCUAGGAUGAGAUGUAUUCAGCUAUCUAUUGGUACAGGAUGGGCUUUAGGAAACCAUUGAACAGGCACAGCUGAGAAGACCCCUGAGCUAACAGAGCAAACUGGAUUUCUGCAUGCACACAUUUAAGGAGAUUUCAUCAGGAAAAGGAGAUGCUACUGGCUUGGGAUAUAUAUAUACUUAAGUAUCAUGGCUAAAAUGCUGAGGAUUCUCAAUGCUUCUGAAUAUUAGUGCUGCCUCCUGCCGCCUGGGGGCGCUCCCCUCAUCUGUUCAAUUGUUAUCCUUGAGCCUGGAAGAUAAAGCAACAAGGGCUUAUAUUUGAUAUUGCUUCAUUUUUUUUAUGCUGUGAAAAACAAGGGAUUCAGUGAUUUUGUAGACCUGUAGAGGAUUCCUUUCCAGUGGUUUUACCUUGUGUAGUAUUCUUCAUAUCUAUCUGGUGUACUGCAGCUUUGCUGGGCACAACUUGCAGGCAGGGCCUCUCAGGAAGGUAAGGUGAACAGUCUUGCCUAGUCAAUAUGACUCACUUACAGGCUGGCCUGUCUCCUGAGACACUGGAGAAAGCUCGUUUGGAGCUGAAUGAGAACCCAGAUACCUUGCACCAGGAUAUCCAGGAGGUAAGAGACAUGGUUAUUACUCGACCAGAUAUUGGUUUCCUCAGGACAGAUGAUGCCUUCAUCUUGAGGUUUUUGAGGGCCAGGAAAUUUAACCACUUUGAGGCUUUUCGCUUGUUGGCCCAAUACUUUGAGUACCGACAACAAAACCUGGAUAUGUUCAAGAACUUCAAGGCCACUGAUCCAGGAAUCAAGCAAGGGCUCAAGGAUGGAUUCCCAGGAGUACUCUCGAAUCUUGACCACUUUGGCAGGAAGAUACUGGUAUUAUUCGCUGCUAACUGGGACCAGAGCAGAUACACACUUGUAGACAUUUUGCGUGCCAUAUUGCUAUCUCUGGAAGCUAUGAUAGAAGAUCCAGAACUCCAAGUCAAUGGAUUUGUAUUGAUUAUAGACUGGAGCAACUUUACUUUCAAACAAGCCUCAAAAUUGACCCCAAGUAUGCUGAGAUUAGCGAUAGAAGGACUUCAGGAUAGUUUUCCAGCUCGGUUUGGAGGAAUCCAUUUUGUCAAUCAACCUUGGUACAUUCAUGCCCUGUAUACUGUCAUAAGGCCCUUUUUGAAAGAAAAGACAAGAAAAAGGAUAUUUUUACAUGGUAAUAAUCUCAAUAGCUUGCAUCAGCUGAUCCACCCAGAGAUCCUGCCUUCUGAGUUUGGAGGAAUGUUGCCUCCAUAUGACAUGGGAACUUGGGCAAGAACACUCUUGGACCAUGAGUAUGAUGAUGAAAAUGAAUAUAAUGUAGACUCAUAUAAUAUGCCAACGAAAGUAGAUGUGGAAAAGGAUUUGUCUCCUAAAACCAUGAAGAGAUCUCAGUCAGUAGUGGAUCCUGGGGUGUUAAAGCACAAUGACAAAAAUGAAGAUGACAACACACAGCAACCCUUGCUGUCUCUUGACUAGUUGGAUGUCUGCAGUGCUCACCAUUUAGAAGUGGAGGGACCAUUUCCAAAAAUAACUAAACACUCUACAGGAAUGUACCAACUGGAAAUGUAUCAUAUAUGUUAAUGUUGCAUAAUGUAAAAGAUUUCUCUACAGUCCAAGUGUUAAGGGGGGCCAGCGACUAAUGCUUUUAUUCUGUAAGUGCCAACUUGUGGUUUGUAAAUAGAAUUCAAAGUAUCUCUCUGUAGAUUUCUAAGCACUCAUAUGAACACUUCUGUGAAAAGCAAAAAUGAUACUUCACCAAUCCAUAUUCAAAGUUGUGUAAUGUAAAAAAAGAUAGGAAAGACAAAGUAUAUUAUUAUAGUAGGCUCCAUCCUUUUAUAUAAAGCCAUAUAGCAGCCACCACACUGCGUUUUAUUCCGAAUAUGACAUAAAGACAUUUCACUAUAUGAAUGCUUUACGAAAAUCUUUAAAAAGGUCCAUUCCUUUGCUGCUUGCGGGAGAUGUCCCAGGAAGACACAGCAAGGCAUGUUGGCUUUAUAGGACAAAAGAACCAAGCCUUUCUUUAAUGUGCCAAACUGGUUUGUUAUUGAAAUUUGUGAUGAUAAAUUUUUCUUUUUCUUAAAUAUUUAUCAUUUUCUUUUACAUUAUUAGUAUUCUUUCUUCAAAGCAGAAGAAUGGAGGGUGUAAACCAGUGCCAUUGAGUAGAGACAUUUAGGACAAUUUUUUGGAAUCUCAGAUGAAUUUGUCUGAAAGCUGAACUAUUUCAUUGUUGAUAGUAGUAAUGUCUUCAAUAUUGUACAUUGAGAACUACGGGUUGGUGUAUUCACAGACAGUAAGCAACAAUCACUCUGAAUUUAGCAGAUGUUACACUUUUGUGUUUUGAUCUACUGUGGUUUUGGUCAGUGUCCAAACUGUUUAGUUUUUUUCCCCACAAUUUUGUUGAUGAUGAAUAAAACACAGGAUGGAGGAAUUGUUACCAUAGUUCCUUUUUUUUUUUGUUUAAGUAAUUUGUAUGAGGUGCUUUUAUUUUACCAUUGAUGGCUAUUGUAUCUUGUGAUUCGAUACAUUUUCAAGGUUCCUUUCCACUAAUUCAAGAGAUUAAUGUCACCACUUUUAAAUCUUACUUACGGCAACUCACAAUUUUUUCAGCUAUUUUUCAUUUAUAUAGAUUAUUUACCUUAAUUUUAUGUAUCCUUAAACUGUGAUUGUUUAUAUUCUAUAUGUGUAUGUACUGUAAUAAGAAAUGAGGAUACAUCCAACCGCUUGGAUAUUUGAAUCUAUUUCUUAUUAUUAUUUUAAAAGGCCACUCUGAUCCAUGAUGUCGGAGAACUGCUAUAACUUGCAUAAUGGUAUUUGUUAUUACAUUAUACUUUCAUACGAUUGUCUUGUAUGCAUAUACAUAAGUUAUUUUUAAAAUGGCUUCAAAAUUCCUAUUUUUAACAAUUGCACCUGCAUUAGUGAAUGGCGAUUUAACAAAUUAACUAUUUAGGUAGAAAAUCCAGGACUACAUAUUUAAUCAUACUAAUCCCUUUUUAUUUACCUAUAGAUUGAUGUUGGUCAAACAAUACAUCUGUAUCCUUCUGAUCUCAUACAAAGGCACACAAAUUGUCACAAUCUCCAACGCAAUCCUCACUAUUAAGCUAUUGCCCAUUAGAAGCAUUUCUUGUAGAAGACAAUACAUGCAUAGUCCUGCUCUCAGCUAAGAAUUAGAUGCAAUUGUAUACAGUCUAGGCCAGUGUUUCCCUACAUUGUGCCUUCUGCUGUUGAAAAACUACAACUUCCAGUAUGCACGGACAACCAAAUUCCGGUAGAAAAAACAUGGGUCUAGGCGAUGUUCCAUGAUCUGAUUGGAUUUAACUUUAAAUGGGUACUCCCCAGAAAAACAUCUUAUCCCCUAGGCUAGGGGAUAAGAUGUCUGGGGACCCCCGCAAUCUGCGGCGCAGCACCCUAGUCAUCUGUACAUGGAGCGAACUCCGCUUCGUGCUGGAUGACUGGCGACUACAGCCACCACGCACCCUCCAUUCAUGUCUAUGGGAGGAGGCCUGACGGCAACAUACAAGCAGUUACUCCCCCUCCUAUAGACUUGAAUGGAGGGGGCGUGACAAGCUUCCAUGUUCUGGACACUGCCACUGCCGGACUGGAGAACAGACACCUUUGCAUAGGGCAUAAGAUGUUUUUUGGUGGAGUACCCCUUUAAUAUAUUGCAUCAAACUACCCAUAGAUCUUUGUAGUUUCUGCCGAUGUAGUAAGCUGGCAGAGCUUUGUUUUGUUUAUAGAAGGCCUCCAGAUCAUCAUCUACAUACACAGGAUUCAGUUAGUAUUACACAUGUUUGCUGAGUCUCAUUUCUUAUUAGUUCAUACUGCAGGCAGGCUUUUUUAGUUCAGUUUGCCUGCCUGUUGUCUUCAUUACUCUUCUUGUUCGGGUACCCAUUUUAGUACAUGUGCAUCCUAUUUAUUUACAAACAAAACUAUUGAGUAAUGACCAAAUAAUACAUUAUAAUUUACCAGUAGACUUCUCAUAGACAUCUCUUUGUGCAACCAAUGAGAUGUUUUGUUUAAAACCUGUAAAUCCCACUGUGUGUCUCUCACACACUCAUUGGCAGGUCAUGUUAUAAGGCUAUUAGGCAGGGGUCAAGUCUUGGGGAAAAAAAAAGUGUGGGAACUCACCCAAGAUUUCCAAUUAGGGCUGGUCCUGCUAAUGGGAAUGGUGUUCCUGUUGUGGAUAAAGUGCAGAAACUCAGUUCUUACACAUUCCUGCAGGACUUGAGCCCUGCUACUAGGACAUCUUAAAAUGGAGCAUGCACAAAUGAACAGUAGUGUUCUCUACAUGCCGCGUUAAACAUUAAAGGGUUACUCCUACUCUAGACAUUUUAGGGGAUAAGAUGUCUCAUCGCGUCAAAGGGGGAAGGAUGGGGUAUCCAGCUGGGAGGAAUAUCUGUUUACUUGAUUUAUAUUAUGUCUGUUUACUUUGAGGAAGGAUUCAGAGACUGUAGAUACAGCUACAGAUACAGCUUUAAGAGGUUGUUCCAUUUUAAUGGUUAUUAUAUUAUGGGGCUUUCAUAUUAAGAGGCUAUUUACAAUUUGGUUUGGCUCUGAGCUGCAGGUUUAUGACAGGAUACUGUCGGAAAGGUAUAAGUCAUAGGUAUAAUAAAUAAAAAUAAUAUAAGAUAAAUAUUUGGGAUAUAAUUCAGAUAAACUUUUUAAUGGCCAACUGUAAAUCUGUCAUUUUUAAUUUGUAAAUAUUAUGUUAUUGUAUUGUUCUUUGUGUAAACUAUGCAUACACACAGUUCAUCAUUGUUUAUCGACAUAGUAUUUCUGUACUACUCAAUCAGCUUUAAGGUUGCAUUCACAUCAUGAUUUUGGGAGACGGCAGCCAGAUCCGGUGGGAAUUUGAAAACCAGCUGCGGUCAUAUCCCUGCCACACCCAUGCCACACCCUAUUUAUUACAGCUAGUUAUGACCCACUAUGGUGAUCAGACAGGCUCAUUUCAACUGCAGUCUCCUGAAAGUAUUAAUAGUUGGUCUCCACUGCACAUGCAAGCAAGAGGGAUUGUGGGAUGUAAGUUACUUUAUUUAGGACCAGCACAAUUGUGCUCCUAUACAUAUAUGAAUGUGCCAUGAAUAUGAAUCUGAUGAUUUUACCAAUGUUUUUUUGUAAAACAAUCCCUUUAAUGUGCAAAUGUCUUCAAGGCAACAGUGCCUAUAUGUUUUAAGGAUUUGGAGUGUAAAUACCCGCCAAUUAGAUAUUGGAGUAACAGUUUUUAUGCUUCUCCCAGACACAAUUUUGUUUCAUAUUUUUGUGGCCUGAAAAGUACACCACUAAAAACUGCUCCUUUUUUCUCCUCCAGGAAGAAUUAUAUGUGGUGUUUCAUCCUCAAAACGACAUGUAUUAGUAUAGGCAUUUAUCCCCCUGUGCCAUGUGAUUCUUUUAUCAUAUGACUGCUAUAGAGUUCAGUAGCAGGAAAAUGCCACAAAAUCAGUAAAAAAAACAAGAGCAACUGGACCAGAAAAUGCCACUAAAGAUACCAACAUAAAAAAAAAUGCCAAGUAGAGAUGGCAUUUUAUAUUUCCUUAUUGAUUCUUAACUAACAUCUGGACACAGCAUUUUCUGCAAAAAAAAUAGUAAUGUGGCUAAUAUGCCUGUUUUUUUGAGGGGGACUUUCAGAUAAAACCACCAUUUGUGUUUCUAGCUGUAACCCUUAUUUACAUGGCUGUAUUAGUGGUCCAUGUUACAAGAUCCAGAUCUAUCUGUGGCUCGAAAGUGUAAGGCGUUCAUAUAGAUGCAGUGCUGCAUUCCACAUACCACGGCUGGGGGAGGGGAAAACCGGGCUCUCCCGUACCCCAGCCAGACUA